AUGGGAUUGUCAACAGCUUUUUGUGGUACGGGUGAAUUGGUGGUAUCUAAAGUGAGCUGUGGUCGAGAAUUUAUUAAUGGUCACUUGAAGAAGAUUGAACCUGUUGUUCUUGUCGUGGGAAUAGUUGGUGGAACUUUGGUUUACUUGAAAGUCCUUAAUAUUUAUAGACGAAGUGAACAGCCUCUUCUUAAAAGACUUUCAUCCUAUGCUUUUUCAUUGUUACGAAAAUUGCCCAUGGUGAGAGCCAAAAUCGAGAAAGAACUCGCAGGAGCUAAAAAAGAUAUUUUUGAAACCAUACACAAGGACGACUCAGACAAAAUUUUCAUAAGCACCAUUCCUGAUAAUGGUCUAAAGCAGGAGGAUGUUAUUGUCCUUGCAGAAAAAUACGACGCUUAUGGCAAAUUCGCCAUAGCUGAAGGCAGGGUGUCUGGAGCUGUUUAUACCGAUCGAUCCAAGGAACAUCUUCAACUAUUAUCUCAAAUUUAUGGGAAAUAUGCCUAUUCCAAUCCACUCCAUCCCGAUGUGUUCCCAGGUGUUCGCAAAAUGGAAGCUGAAGUUAUUCGAAUGGUGAUGAACUUAUAUAAUGCCCCUAAUGGAAGUUCAGGCAGUCUGACAACUGGAGGCACUGAAUCCAUUGUUAUGGCCUGCUUCGCUUAUAGAAAUAGAGCUCAUGAAUUGGGUAUAAGCAAUCCUGUGAUAGUUUGUUCAGAAACUGCUCAUGCUGCUUUCGAUAAAGCAGCUCAUUUGUGUGGCUUACGAGUUCGACAUAUCUCAGUCGAUUCUAACAAUCGGGUAGACUUAAGAUUGAUGGAAAAAGCUAUAGAUUCUGAUGUGUGCAUGUUGGUAGGAUCGGCUCCAAACUUCCCAAGCGGAACUGUGGACCCUAUCCAGGAGAUAGCGAAGUUGGGAGAAAAGUACGGCAUACCUGUUCAUGUGGAUGCUUGUUUGGGAGGAUUUUUGAUUCCUUUCAUGAAUGAAGCUGGCUAUUUUCUGAAGCCGUUCGAUUUCGUUAAUGCUGGAGUCACUUCUAUCAGUUGUGACACUCAUAAAUACGGAUGUACUCCUAAAGGAUCCUCCAUUAUAAUGUAUCGCACAAAAGAGCUCCAUCAUUACCAGUACUUCUCAGUUCCAGAAUGGACAGGAGGAAUUUAUGCCACCCCCACCAUUUGUGGAAGUAGAGCUGGAUCUAAUUCAGCAGUUGCGUGGGCUACUCUCCUUUCUUUCGGCAGGACUGAAUAUGUCAGGAGAUGCAAAGCCAUUAUCCAACAUACUCGCUUGAUCGCUGAUAAGAUCAAAACAAUUCCUGGACUUAAACUCCAUGGAUCUCCUGAUGUAUCAGUGAUUGCUUUUGCUAGUGACGAGUAUAACAUUUAUGCUGUGGGAGACAAAAUGAACAAACUAGGAUGGAACCUUAACACUCUGCAGAACCCGAACUCUAUUCACCUUUGCUUGACUAUCAACCAGGCUCAUGAAGAUGUUGUCGAGAAGUUCAUUUCUGACCUUCGCUCAUCAGCUGAAGAAGUCUCAGGCAGUUCGGAUAAGGGCAACAAAAGUAGCACUGCUGCUUUAUACGGUAUGGCGGCUCAAAUCCCUGACAAAAGCUUGGUUGACGAGAUGAUUUACCAAUAUCUAGAUGCCUGCUAUUCAGAGCCUUCUGAGCAUUAG